AUGAUUGUGUUACACUCCGCACUGAAGCCAGCCAGCCAGCCAGCCAGCCACAGCCAGCCACAGCCAGCCAGCCAGCCAGCCACAGCCAGCCAGCCAGACACAGCCAGCCAGCAAGCCACAGCCAGCCAGCAAGCCACAGCCAGCCAGCCAGCCACAGCCAGCCAGCCAGUCACAGCAAGACAGACACAGCCAGACAGACACAGCCAGCCACAGCCAGCCAGACACAGCCAGCCACAGCCAGCCACAGCCAGCCAGCCAGCCACAGCCAGCCAGCCAGACACAGCCAGCCUGCCAGCCAGACACAGCCAGCCACAGCCAGCCAGCCAGACACAGCCAGCCAGCCAGCCAGCCACAGCCAGCCAGCCACAGCCAGACACAGCCAGCCACAGCCAGCCAGCGACAGCCAGCCAGCCACAGCCAGCCAGCCAGCAACAGCCAGACACAGCCAACCACAGUCAGCCAGCCAGACACAGCCACAGCCAGCCAGCCACAGCCAGCCAGACACAGCCAGCCACAGCCAGCCACAGCCAGCCGGCCACAGCCAGCCACAGCCAGCCACAGUCAGACACAGCCAGCCACAGCCAGCCAGCCAGACACAGCCACAGCCAGCCAGACACAGCCAGCCACAGCCAGCCAGCCAGCCACAGCCAGACAGACACAGCCAGACACAGCCAGCCAGCCAGCCACAGCCAGACAGACACAGCCAGACACAGCCAGCCAGCCAGCCACAGCCAGACAUACACAGCCAGACACAGCCAGCCACAGCAAGACACAGCCAGCCACAACCAGCCAGCCAGACACAGCCAGACACAGCCAGCCAGGCAGCCACAGCCAGCCACAGCCAGCCAGCCACAGCCAGCCAGUAACAGCCAGCCAGCCAGCCAGCCACAGCCAGCCACAGCCAGCCAGCCACAGCCAGACACAGCCAGACACAGCCAGACACAGCCAGACACAGCCAGCCACAGCCAGCCAGACCCCUUUCAUUUAUUGCACUUUAAUUCGGCGUUUCUCCAGGUCUUCCGGUGGGAACUGUUUGAACAUUGGACAAUCGGUUCCUGA